UAAUCUCAAAACGAGUUGACGCAAGAUUUGCUAAGUUAGGAAUUUCUUCUUAAAGAGAGAACCACUGAAUCACACAAUUCAGUACUCACUACACAAUCUCAAAACAGAAAGAUAUGAUGAUCCGAAGCCAUCGUCAUUGGGUUUUUUCUAGUCGUAUUAUCAUCUUUCUCUCCCUCCUUGUUCACUCUCUAGCUUCUUCUUCGCCCCACUUUUGCCGUGAUGACCAGAGAGAUGCUCUUUUGGAAUUCAGAGGCGAGUUUCCGAUAAAUGCGUCAUGGCAUAUUAUGAAUCAAUGGAGAGGUCCGUGGAAUAAGAGCACUGAUUGUUGUCUUUGGAAUGGAGUCACUUGCAAUGAUAAAUCUGGUCAGGUAAUAUCACUCGACAUUCCUAACACCUUUCUCAACAACUAUUUGAAAACCAACAGUAGCCUUUUUAAACUCCAAUAUCUUCGUCACCUAGACCUUACGAAUUGCAAUCUCUACGGAGAGAUUCCUUCUUCACUAGGAAACCUUUCUCAUCUCACACUUGUUAACCUUUACUUUAAUAAGUUUGUUGGAGAAAUUCCGGCUUCAAUCGGCAAUCUAAACCAGCUUAGACACCUUAUCCUUGCUAAUAACGUCCUUACAGGAGAGAUUCCUUCUUCACUAGGAAACCUUUCUCGUCUCGUAAACCUUGAGCUUUUUUCUAAUAGAUUGGUUGGUAAGAUUCCAGAUUCAAUAGGAGAUCUAAAGCAGCUAAGAAACCUUAGCCUUGCGUCUAACAAUCUCAUAGGCGAGAUUCCUUCUUCCUUAGGAAACCUUUCUAAUCUCGUACAUCUUGUUCUUACGCAUAAUCAAUUGGUAGGUGAAGUUCCUGCCUCCAUAGGAAAUCUAAUCGAACUAAGAGUUAUGUCAUUUGAAAACAAUAGCUUAAGUGGCAACAUUCCUAUUUCCUUCGCCAAUUUAACAAAGCUUUCUAUAUUUGUCCUCAGCUCUAAUAACUUCACAUCCACGUUUCCAUUUGACAUGAGUAUAUUCCACAACUUGGAGUACUUUGAUGUUUCUUAUAACUCAUUUAGCGGGCCUUUUCCUAAAUCUCUGUUAUUGAUUCCUUCCUUAGAAUCUAUUUAUCUGCAAGAAAACCAAUUUACGGGACCUAUAGAGUUUGCAAAUACAUCUUCAUCAACUAAGCUUCAGGACCUAAUCCUUGGUCGUAACAGACUCCAUGGCCCAAUCCCGGAAUCUAUAUCUAGACUUCUCAACCUUGAAGAGCUAGAUAUCAGCCACAACAACUUUACUGGGGCAAUCCCUCCAACUAUAUCAAAGCUAGUCAACCUCCUUCAUCUUGAUCUUUCCAAGAACAAUUUGGAAGGUGAAGUACCAGCUUGCUUAUGGAGAUUGAAUACAAUGGUGCUUUCUCACAAUUCUUUCAGCAGUUUUGAAAACACUUCACAAGAGGAAGCACUGAUCGAAGAGUUGGAUUUGAAUUCAAAUUCAUUCCAAGGACCAAUUCCUUAUAUGAUCUGCAAGCUUAGUUCGUUAGGCUUUCUAGAUUUGUCCAACAAUCUCUUCAGCGGCUCGAUUCCUUCAUGUAUAAGGAACUUCAGUGGUUCUAUUAAAGAGCUAAAUUUGGGGGACAACAACUUCAGUGGAACUCUUCCAGAUAUAUUUUCCAAAGCUACCGAGUUGGUAUCAUUAGACGUUAGUCACAACCAGCUGGAGGGAAAGUUUCCAAAGUCUUUGAUCAAUUGCAAAGCUUUGGAACUUGUGAAUGUGGAAAGCAACAAAAUCAAGGAUAUAUUUCCAUCAUGGUUGGAAUCUCUACCGUCAUUACAUGUUCUCAACCUCAGAUCAAACAAGUUCUAUGGGCCGUUGUAUCAUCGACAUGCAUCUAUUGGGUUUCAGAGUUUAAGGAUCAUCGAUAUAUCACACAAUAACUUCAGUGGAACUCUCCCACCUUACUAUUUUUCCAACUGGAAAGACAUGACCACAUUAACAGAAGAAAUGGACCAGUACAUGACAGAGUUUUGGAGAUAUGCUGAUAGCUAUUACCAUGAGAUGGAAAUGGUGAAUAAAGGAGUUGAUAUGAGCUUUGAGCGGAUCCGAAGAGACUUCAGAGCCAUUGAUUUUUCUGGAAACAAAAUCAAUGGUAAUAUCCCUGAAUCCCUUGGCUAUUUGAAAGAACUGCGGGUUCUCAACUUGUCAGGUAACGCAUUCACAAGCGUCAUCCCACGAUUCUUGGCGAAUUUGACAAAGCUGGAGACAUUAGACAUAUCCCGUAAUAAGCUGUCAGGUCAAAUCCCUCAAGAUCUUGCUGCACUCUCUUUUCUGUCAUACAUGAACUUCUCCCAUAACCUUCUCCAAGGUCCAGUGCCACGAGGCACACAGUUUCAAAGGCAGAAAUGUUCUUCAUUCUUGGACAACCCUGGACUCUACGGUCUCGAAGAUAUUUGUAGGGAUACUGGUGCCUUGAAUCCUACAUCGCAGCUACCCGAGGACUUGUCAGAGGCUGAGGAAAACAUGUUCAACUGGGUAGCAGCUGCAAUAGCCUAUGGACCUGGCGUGUUAUGUGGAUUGGUGAUCGGACAUUUCUACACUUCACACAAUCAUGAGUGGUUCACAGAAAAGUUUGGUAGAAAACAACACAAAGCCCUUACAAGUGUGAAGUGUUCUCUUUAAGCGUUUGUGAAGCAAAUGUUGUGUAACGUCUUGUUCGUGUUUAUACUGAAUUUGUCAACUGUGUACUCCAAAAGACUCGUUUGUAUUUUCUAUUUAUGUAAUAAACGUCUUUGGUGGUAGUCAUAUAUAGAUGUAGUGGACUUUACUUA